UUUUGUGGAAACUUGUCGCUGACUAGCUGUAAAGCUCUAUAUACUCACUCUUUCAGCCGCCACCAAAAUUCACUUUCCUUAUUCUUCUUCUUCCAAACAAACAAACGAACAAUGGGUCCCAUUCAUUUCUGAUGGACGCUAAGUUCGCCGGAAAGCCCAUUCAGGCCCAAUUUUAUUCCGGUCAAACUAACCUCGAACAGAUGCAGGAUACUCCAACCCGCGGGGCACGCCACCGCCGUGCACAAUCCGAAACCUUUUUCCGUUUUCCCAGUUUUGAUGAUGAUAUGCUUUUAGACGAUGUCGUUUCUGACUUCAGUCUCGAUGUUCAGGCUCCGACCCUCAUGCAGCCGGCUAAUUCGCCUGAUUCUUCGUCUACUGGACCAGCGUUGUCGGCUGGACCUUCCGAUUACCCUAAGCCGCUGGCUCACUACCGUAGUCUAUCUGUUGAUGCUGAUUUUUUCGAUGGACUGGAUUUUGGUGGUGUGCCGACGGAGAAGAAACUGAUGGGUUCUGAGCCACGUCAUAGGCAUAGCAAUUCUAUGGAUGGGUCUUUUGAUACGUCGUCGUUUGAGUCUGAAUCGAUUUCUGUUAAGAAGGCUAUGGCUCCUGAUAGGCUUGCUGAGCUGUCCUUGAUUGAUCCCAAAAGAGCUAAAAGGAUCCUAGCAAACAGACAAUCUGCUGCACGUUCCAAGGAGCGAAAAACUCGUUACACUAGUGAGCUAGAGAGGAAAGUGCAGACUCUGCAGACUGAAGCCACCACUCUAUCCGCUCAGAUCACAGUUCUACAGAGAGACACUUCUGGACUAAAUGCUGAAAACAAAGAACUGAAAUUUCGGUUGCAAGCUUUGGAACAACAAGCACACCUUAGAGAUGCUCUAAAUGAUACGUUGAGGGAAGAACUGCAGCGGCUUAAGAUUGAAGCAGGCCAACUUCCAUCUGCAAAUGGAAACAGAGGAAUGCAUUAGUACCGAAAACACCCUUAAUCUGGCAUGGACAUUAGAGAUCUCGAGUUUAAAUUUCUUUGUAUGUGAUAUCACAUUUGUUAACGAGUGUUUUAUCUAUAAUGUAAGAUAUUCCAGCGUACCUAAAUCCUAUUUUAAUUGAACUAAUGUGAAAAGAGUCUUUAAAAAAAUGAAAUAGAAGUUAACCAA